AUCUGAAAAAGCCAAAAUGCAGACAUCAAAGCAGAUUGAACAUAGCAGCAGCAGCAGCCGAGCUACCUAUAGCCGUUCUUCCAGCUCUGAUGUUGGGAGGACCACAAUUUCAACCACGAAGACUGUGAAGCAAGUCAGUUCCCCAUCUUACCGAAAUGUCAUCAGCACAUCCACUAUGAUGACUCAGGAUGUCGACCCUCUCAUCCAAGUGAUUCGCCGAGAGGAAAAAGACCAGAUAAAGACACUCAAUAACCGUUUUGCCAGCUUUAUCGACAAGGUUCGUCACCUUGAGCAACAAAACAAAGUUUUGGAGACCAAAUGGACUCUCUUGCAGCAGCAGGGAGGUUACAAUUCCAACCACGAGGAUCUGUACAAGGCAUACAUCAAUGCCCUGGCCCGACAGCUGGAAAGCUUUAAUCAAGACAAGAUACGGUUGGAUAGUGAGUUGGAACAGAUGCACAAGGCGGUGACUGGCCUCAAGAUCCAGUAUGAAGAUGAAAUGAAUAAUCGUGCAGGAAUGGAAAAUGAUUUUGUAACUUUGAAGAAGAGGGUCGAUGAUUCAUAUCUGACAAAACAUCAGCUUGUGGAUUCACUCGAUGGACUCGUCAGUGAGCUUGAGUUCUUGAAACAGGUCUACGAAGAGGAACUCCGUGAACUGCAUUCACAAAUCAAGGAUAUUGCUGUCACUGUUGAAGUUGAUAAUUACCGUGAUCUGGACCUCCAGGAACUUGUUACUAACAUGAAGGAGCAGUAUGAACUGUUGGCAGUCAAGGGUCGUGAGGAGGCUCAGUCUAUGUACAAAUCCAAGUUCAAUCAACUCUCUCAGUCUGCUGGAAAAUAUGACGAUGAACUGCGCAUCCUCAAGGGCGACAUUGCAGAAACAAGCAGGAGAAUUGUGAAAAUGAAUUCUGAAAUAGAUUCCCUUAAGAACCAGCGCACUGCGUUAGAAGCAGCAAUCACUGAAGUUGAAGAACGAGGAGAGCUAAAUUUGAGAAGCACCAGGGCUAAGAUUACUGAAAAGGAGAAUGAAAUAUACAAGGCAAAGCAGGAAGCAGCCAAGAAAAUGCGUGAAUACCAGGAAUUAAUGAAUGUCAAAAUUGCUCUGGAUUUUGAAAUUGCGACCUACAGGAAAUUGCUGGAGGGAGAGGAGAUCAGGAUUGGUCAGCAACAGAAGGCAAUUCUUCAUCUUAACACCACACCAAUGGUGUCUGAGUUUGGAGGUUCUGGUUCCAGUUCCUCAUAUUCCAGAAGUUAUUCAAGUGAACAACAGGAAACCCUUGUGAAUGGAGCCAGUAUGCAGAAUUUCUCCAGUAGUUCAACUGGAAGGAAAGCAGUCAUGGUGAAAACGGUUCAGUCAGUUAAUAGAGUAACAAACUGAAAGCUAACAGGUGGUAGAAAAAACUGAUGGUGCCCUAUAACAUCAGUUUUAUAAAAAAUAUACCAAAUGGGAAGUGAUAUCAAAAGUAACUUCCUUUCAAUUAUAAUAAUCAAGGCAAUUCAUUCUUCUCUCCAUUUAGUUAGUGUGAGUUACACCUGUGCUCAGCAUCUUCCUGGGCCAAAAUUUGUAAGUCAAUUCCAUUGCCAAUUUUCCUCCUGCCAAAAUUCCAGGAUAAGAUACUUCCCCUGUAUCAUGAUGCAAGUCGUCAUGGCGAUACUGGAUGUUAAGAAUCAUGUCAGAAGCACCAACAUUUAAAUGUUCAAAAAUAAUUGACCAUCAAGUUUCUCUGAACAGAAUACUAAAAUGUAAAAAGCUUACAGUAAUUCUAUGAAGGGAAGAAUGAAAAGGGUGCUUAUGAUUUCACUGCUGGAUGUGGGUUACUUUUUGAUAGAAAUUCUUAUGUCAGUCAUGAUUGCUUCUUAAUACCAAUUAAACGAAAAUUCUUGAUGGUU